CUGAGGCAGCAGGGAGUGGUUUAGUUUCCAAUACCUCUGUGAAUUGAAAGUAAUAAUUAACUUCCUUUUGUCUUUUAAAAACUUCCCAGGUGAGCCGUCAGAUCGCUUAAACUCUGUCAUGUUGGCUUGGGGGCACUGUGAGGACUAUAGUGCAAUGUAUUACAAGCUUCUCCAGAGAACAAAGGGUACUACAACAUGAAUGCUGAAUGAUACAUGGUGACUGUAAUAGAACAUGUGCAUUGGAAAUGUCAGCUGAGUUAUAGUUGAGACAGACUGAUAUAGACAUGGCAGAAAAUUCCCCCCUCCACUUUACUGUCACAAGCAUCAAUGAUCAAAUGAGCAUCACACGGAGUCAACUUGAUUCAUUGUUGAAAAUGUAUAACUGUUACUUUAAAGACCAAGAGAACCUACACAUAACAUAUGAUCAAGAUGAAAGUGGACAAAUUGUGGUUUCGGGACUGAUAGAGAUUUUUUGGGGUGUUCAAAGGCCUAUCAGAUUUAAAAUGCAAGAUGAAAAAUUAUUCUCCUCAGAAGCAAUCCAGUUACCAGAAGUCAUUGGUUCAAGCAUGACAAAAAGUGGAAUGAUGCGCUGGGGUGAAUUUGAUGAUCUUUACCAUAUUUCAGAAUCAGAGGAGCCAGCAAGACUGUCAGAUGAUGAGACAGAGAAAAAUGAUGACUUCAAGAACUAUGAAUAUGACAGUAGUACACUGAAGCCUACACUGAAUGAUACAUGUGACUCUCCAUCGCUGUACAGAACUAUGAGUGAUGCAGCAUUGGUGAGAAAACGAAUUAAACCUAACACUCCUAAUAGAGAACAUUUGCAACAACAUCGAUUCUCAAUUAAUGGGCAUUUUUACAACCACAAGACUUCAAUUUUUACUCCAGCUUUUGGAUCACAAACAAAAGUCAUGAUAAACAGCAAUUUGAAAACGAAAGAAGUUAUUGAACAAUUGUUACACAAGUUUAAGAUUGAGAACAACCCCAAAGAGUUUGCACUAUACAUUAUACAUGCCACAGGAGAAAAGAAAAAACUGAAGAAUGCUGAUUGUCCUCUUUGGGAAAGACUACUACAAGGCCCAUCUGGAAAAGUAGCAAAAAUUUUCCUCAUGGACAAAGAAGUAGAAGAAAUCAGUAGUGAUGUAGCACAAUAUAUCAAAUUUAGCCUGCCGGUUCUGCAAUCAAUUCUUAAAAAAUUAAAUGAAGAAGAAGAAAGAGAAAUUAAUAGAACUGUUAAUAAGUACUUCAAAGAAAGAUCUAUAGUGCUACAAUAUCUGAACUUAAAAAUCAAAAAGACAGAGACUACAGUAUAAUCAUCCAUCCUCUGCACUGUUACACUAAUAUUUAAUAAAGAAACAAUGAUCUAGAGGAACUUGGACUGAAAACACUUCAGUGAUAGACUUCAGAGACUUGAUUUGCACUGGUGAUUUGUAGGCUGGAUUAUAUUCAAAGUCUUUAUAACUUGAGAUGUCGACAUUACAACCUGUGCAAUUUUAUCAGGAAAAAUCAUCAAGUAAUAUUGGAAAACAUUCUGCCUUGAAACAAACCUCAUACAGUGGACAAUCUGUAUCACCAAGUGAAACCAGUGGCGUAACACUGUGAAAUAUAUUUUCCAUCAAAUAGAAAUGUAUCAAAUAAUUUAAAUGUACUGUAGCUAAAUGAAAAGUUUGAAUUCCCAAUUGAAGGGUGCUGGGAUAAUUAAAUAUUUUGUUACAAAAUUAA